CGGAACGAGCACGCUCUCGGCUUUGCUUCCCGCCGGAGGCUUGAGCAGAGCUCCCCGGGUCCCCGGAGGGGGAGGGGGGGCCGUGGCGGCAGCUGGGGCCGCAGAGGCAGCCUGGGGGUCCGGAAGUCAACACCAUGUCGAGUCUGCACAAGAGCCGGAUUGCAGAUUUCCAGGAUGUCCUGAAGGAGCCCUCCAUUGUGUUAGAAAAACUUCGAGAACUCAGCUUUAGUGGCAUCCCCUGUGAGGGCGGACUACGCUGCCUCUGCUGGAAGAUCCUCCUGAACUACCUUCCUUUGGAGAGAGCCUCGUGGACUUCCAUCCUGGCCAAGCAGAGGGGGCUCUAUUCUCAGUUCCUGAGAGAAAUGAUUAUCCAGCCUGGCAUUGCCAAGGCCAAUAUGGGUGUAUCCAGGGAGGAUGUGACCUUUGAGGACCAUCCCCUCAACCCAAACCCUGAUAGCAGGUGGAACACAUAUUUUAAGGACAACGAGGUGCUACUGCAGAUUGACAAAGAUGUCCGGAGGCUGUGUCCAGAUAUCUCCUUCUUCCAAAGAGCCACUGAGUACCCCUGCCUUCUCAUCCUGGACCCACAGAAUGAGUUCGAGACCCUUCGUAAACGGGUGGAGCAGACUACACUGAAAUCUCAGACAGUGGCCCGGAACCGGAGCGGGGUCACAAAUAUGAGCUCCCCGCACAAGAACAAUGCACCACCGGCCCUGAACGAGUAUGAGGUUCUGCCCAAUGGCUGUGAAGCCCACUGGGAGGUGGUGGAACGGAUCCUGUUCAUCUAUGCCAAGCUCAACCCUGGCAUCGCUUAUGUGCAGGGCAUGAAUGAGAUCGUGGGCCCCCUCUACUACACUUUUGCCACUGACCCCAAUAGCGAGUGGAAAGAGCAUGCGGAAGCAGAUACCUUUUUCUGCUUCACCAACCUCAUGGCUGAGAUCCGGGACAACUUCAUCAAGAGCCUUGAUGACUCCCAGUGCGGCAUCACCUACAAGAUGGAAAAGGUGUACUCCACCUUGAAGGAUAAGGAUGUAGAACUCUACCUGAAACUGCAAGAGCAGAAUAUCAAGCCGCAGUUCUUUGCCUUCCGCUGGCUGACACUGCUGCUGUCGCAGGAGUUCUUGCUGCCUGAUGUCAUCCGGAUCUGGGACUCCCUCUUUGCCGAUGACAACCGCUUUGACUUCCUCCUCCUGGUCUGCUGUGCCAUGCUCAUACUGAUCCGGGAGCAGUUGCUGGAGGGAGAUUUCACCGUCAACAUGCGUCUCCUGCAGGAUUACCCCAUCACAGACGUCUGCCAGAUCUUACAGAAAGCCAAGGAGCUCCAAGACUCGAAGUAACCUGGUGGCAAGAGGUCCAGGUUUGGAAGAGCACCCGCCUGCGCUCUACACCCUGGUUUGUGGGACAUGAAGGAGCCAAUGGGAAAUCUGGCCUGACCGCAAGCUGCAGUCAUGGCCGGCUCCAGGUCUUCCCAGCCUGGUUCCCGAGGUCCAGGCUGCUUCUCCUGGAGCACUCUGCUGUGUUCCCUCCCUGCACUUCAGCCUGAAACCUCCACCCAGACUGCUGAGUAGGGCUGGAGCUCCUGAACUGGUUUCCUAGGGCUGGGCCCACUUGGAGCACAGGAGGCUGGCAAGGGUCCUGCCAUGCCUCUGCCCAGUAGCCCCUUAUCCUUUGUGCUUUCAUCUUCCUCUGGGUCCUGGUCAGGGGAGCUAAUUGGGAGCUAAAUGGGCCAGAAACCAUUUCUGAGUGUUGGUGCUCAAGCUGCUUGGGGAAGUGACCCCAGAAGAGCUGAGUGACUGCCUGUUCUAGGUCCACCUUUUGUCUCUCCUGCCUGGUAUAUUUGCUUGUGGCUGGUAUGGUGUCCCCCACGUGUCUCUGCUUUUGUGUAUGUACAUGUGUGUUCACACAUGCCCUGGAGGUGGAGUGAGGGUGUGUUGGAAUCCCUCUAUGGCUCUGCUUCCCCUUUUCUGUGUCUCUACCUCUGCCUGUCUCCCUCCUCCUUUGCCAGAGGUGUGUGGCUCCUGCUGUUUCUACUCUCCAUUUCUCUUUACCCUUCUCUUGGGACGCCUUACCCCAAACCUCUUCCCCUCUGCUCCUCUCUGCUUCCUGAAGCCAGCAGACAGAAAGAGAGGUGUGACCUGCUAAGACCCCUAAAGGCCAACCUUAACCGGGGUAUCCUGUGCCCAUCCCUAGCCCAAGGUUUCAAAGUCCCCUAGUCAGAGAGGGAACCCACAUCGGCUCAUCAGAGGGCCCAGACUCUGCUCUGCUUGUGGAAACCAAGUGCUGCUGACAAUGGUGGCCUGGAAACUUUGGGCCUCUUGCCCAUUUUCUGCUCAAGUAUAGAGAAAGGAGGGUGGGGGAGAGUCUAUUAAGGGGCUCCCUGAAGACUCAGCAUCUCAGAGAUCAAGGACGGCCCGUGUGUGCUGUGCCUGGGAGUUGGAUUCUAAGCAUUUCAGUAGAGGUGUCAUCCUCUUGGCUUCCAUGUUCCUACCCAGGGUGUUCAAGUCUCAUCAAGGGCAAGGGGACCAAAGGAUGCCUCUCUGUGUCCAGGAUUGGCUAAACUGGACGGCCUGCAACCUCUCAGUGCCAGGAGAACUACAUUUGUCCUCUACUCCCAUGGGGGCUGCAGAGAAGCUUCAGCUAUCUCCUGGCCUUGGGGCCAGUGUGCCCUGAACUGCUCCUUGUUCAGCAAGUAGGCUUUUUCUGACCUUGUCUCUUCCCCCAUUUUCUGUGGAGGCCAGGUGUUUUGGGUCCUGAAGGCAGGUCGACAGCAAGGGUCCUCACUGCUCAGAUUGGCCAGUCAAGAAUUGGGCUCCAGCAGCUGCUGCCUGAAGCCUUCCUGAUACUGGUGCGCAGGGCUUCCUGCCUUCCCAGGCCACUGUUUUAGUGAGCUUCCGUGGGUACUGCUGCUUCUCUCUGCUUGCCUUUUUGCUACCUUCUCCCCCAACACAGAAUAUUUGGGUGGUUUUUUUUUUAACUAUUUAUUUAGACACAGGCUAUUUAUUGCAGAUUGGCAAGUGACUUGGGGCUGUGGGUGGGUGGUAGUGGCUGGGAUGGUGGAGUUGGAGGCAUGGAUUGUCUUAUUUCCCAAGGUUAACCCUGACAUCCUCUGCUGUUCCUGACUGGGAGUGCUGCCAGCUCUACUCUAGAACUGAGUAUAAGAAAGGCCAGAGCUGGUGCAUUUGCUGUACUCAAAGAUACAGGACACAUACACUCCCACCAUCCUGGCCACACCUCAGUCUAGGACUUGUUAGCUCGUAGUUCAGCCCCAGCAUUGACCUCUUCAUUGCCUGGAAGCCAGCAGAUACUGCCUGGGACACCUAAUGUAUUCCCUCUUGCCUGUCCUUCCCUCAAUCCCUCUCUCCCACCCUCUUCCUUCCUGGGACCAUGCUACUGGAAUCACUGCGUCUGAUUUAUUUCUGUGGGAGACCUGUAGCCUGUGCCCACUACUUGGUCCUUGAGAUGAAGGCCAAGGACAUGGAGACUGUCUUGAGUAGGUUGACUCCUUUCCCAUUGGGUGCUGCCUGAGGAAAGGAGUUGCCCUUGAUGACUCUUAAGGGAGAACCAGAGUCUUGAGUACCUGCAGCUUCCACCUGGGAGUGGCCUCCAGGAGCUCAGCAAGUCACCCGAGGGUCGGAACAGCAGUGGCUUUUGUGUUCUCAUCCGUUCUCUGAGUCAAUGCUGUUAAUGAGUUGUCUUUAAUAAACCGUAUGCUCUUUUUU